GAUAAUUUAGUCACUCUAAGUACAAUGUCAACAUUUUGACAAGUCUGACAUUUUUGCUCUACAAUGGCAGAUAAUUUACAAAAGAGGCCUGCAAAAGGCAUUUUAAAAAAUUCUAGCAGCUUUGACAAGCAGGAAUCACAGCCGAAUGCCAAAAAGGCGAAAGAGACAAAAUGGGAUGAAAUGAAUAUAAUUGCAACGUUACAUCCGCCUGGGAAGGAUUAUGGUCAUAUGAAAAUCGCAGAACCGAAAACACCUUACAAUUAUGCAGACCCAGAUAGUAUCGAUGGCUUAGAUGCCAAAGAGCUAGCAGAAAAAAUAAGAAUAGGUGCUGAUAAACCGCCGAAGGCAAUGUUAGUAGAUUCAGAUGAUUCAGACGAGGAAGAACUGACGGAAGAAGAGAAGCAGAGAAAGAGGGAAUUUGAAUUAAAGAGAAAAAAGCAUUAUAACGAAUAUCAAGCCUUGCAGCUGGCAAAAAAGUUACUGGAAGAAGAGGAAGACGAUGAGGAUAACGACAACGGCGCUAACACCAGUCAAUUUUGAUUUCUCUGCCGAAAUAAACAUUUUAUUUUAGUAGAUGAUUUUCCAUAUGUUGUGAUGAACGAUACUAAUACAGAGCACUUAUGAACUCUGUAAGUUAUAUAUAUUUAUUGUUUUCUUUUUGUAAUAUUUUAUUUAUUCAAUUAUAUUUAAGGAUUGCCUAAUUUUGGAAAGUAGUAUUUAAGUGUGUAGUUGCUUAUGAUUUUUAUUUUAUAAAUUAUGUGCUUCCAAGAAAAUAACAUGAAUCAAAUUGAAAAUGUGCCAUGCGAAAUUGACUACCAAGUAAUUUUAUCUAUGAAACUUCUCUUAUUUAUGAAUAUUUAUUGUAAUUUGACGUUUUCUUACACUGAAAUAUAUUUUACAUGGUUCUUUUUUAAUUUUUCUUUUUAUUCUUAAGCUGGCAAUCCUUAUAUCACUCCAUACUGUUUAACAAUUGCAUUGGCUGUGUACGAAUAUUAAUUUAAAUAAUGGCAACUUGUUUUUCUGAUACUUUAAUAAAAAAAGACGCCCUUUAUA